UUCUAUUUGAGUGUGCGCCUGCAGCACCAUCUAGUGGCCGAAGCCGGAAGUGCAGAGACGGGCGGCACGAUCUCCCUCCUCUACGGACGAGUCCCCUCAGAAAAUGAUGUGGCAGCCUUCAGCGAUGAAGAACAGCUUUCCUCGUCGAGUCGUGAUGAGGAGAUGAACCGGUGGUAGUGGAGAGAGGCGGGGAGAGAAUCCCACGUGCACACGCACACGCGGACACGCACACAUCAGCUGGACUGACCGUUUCCCAGAGAGAGAGAGAGAGAGAGAGAGAGAGACUCAUCCUCCGACGCCCACACUUCCGGACCGGACCCUCUGAGAGGCAGCUGCCGGUCGGGAUGCGUCGGUCUCUCGGUUCUGCAUGAGACGAGCUUUUAGGACGACGACGGGACUCGAUGGUGCCUGUUGGGUUUCGGUGAAAUCUGAGCCGAAGUGACACAUCGCAGCGGUUCCAUCGCCCAACGCUCAGCGGGGAUUCAGGCUUUGAGCUGAACUGUCUGUCUGCCGUCAACUGUUGCUUAUUUCCAUUGUAAAUGAAUCUUGUAAGGUAUAUGAACAACCGUGUUCCAUCCAACAAGAGAUACCAGCCCACAGAAUAUGAGCAUGCUGCCAACUGUGCCACACAUGCGUUGUGGAUAAUCCCCAGCCUGCUGGGCAGCUCCGUGUUGCACUUUGAGUCGGAGGACCAAUGGGAGCGGCUGUCGGCCUGGGUGUACGGGGCGGGGCUCACCUCGCUCUUCAUCAUCUCCACCCUGUUCCACACCGUGGCCUGGAAGAAAAGCCACCUGAGGUCUGUGGAGCAAUGUUUCCACAUGUGUGACAGGAUGGUGAUUUACUUCUUCAUUGCUGCCUCCUACGCGCCUUGGCUGAACCUGCGGGAGCUGGGCCCCUGGGCAUGUCACAUGCGCUGGCUGGUGUGGGUCAUGGCAUCUUUUGGAACCACCUAUGUCUUCUUCUUCCAUGAGAGAUAUAAACUCAUGGAGUUGCUCUGCUACACAGUGAUGGGAGUGUUUCCUGCCCUGGUCAUCGUCUCAAUGCCGGAGCAGUCGGGGUUGUAUGAGCUGCUGAUCGGCGGAGCCUGCUACUGUCUGGGUAUAGUCUUCUUCAAAAGUGAUGGCAUCGUCCCAUUCGCUCAUGCCAUUUGGCACUUGUUUGUAGCAAUGGGAGCAGCCAUACAUUACUACGCCAUCUGGAAGUACCUCUAUGCCCAGGCUCCCAGUCAGGUCCAGACCUCCAGAUGACAUCAGUGAUGACUUCACAGGAAGUAGCCCCUGUCAGAGUGACGUGAGCUGUGUCCAAAUUCAGGGGAUGCCCCGUAUUUAUGCCGAUAGGCUGACCGUGGUCUCUGAACAAACUAAAGCUGUUGGUGCUCUCGGGUGAUGCUGCCUAACUCAUAAAUUCAAACAUUUUCUGGUUCCGCUCCACACAGCUACCUUCAAUUGUCAUACAAACCUUUGAAAUCAACUGGAGACAGUUUUCAGAAAACAUUUCCUGUAAAUUGUUAUUGAUCAUUUUCAUUUCUUGCUAACAUUCAAAAUGGAGUAAAUGGAAGCUAUACACUCAUUCAUAGGCAU